UGGCAUAAUACACAAUAGACUGGGCUUACCUUUACAUAGCGCGACAGGUGCGCGACAUGCACAGAGGUACAGGGGCGUGAGAAGUCGACCACAGCUCAAGUUGCUGCGGUGAAGUCGAAAAAUACAGGUACCAUGGGUUCCAAGCAGAUCAGCGGGCGAUGGGCCCUCAUAUUUGGUCUGGCGGCCGUCGUCGUCGUUGCGAUCAUCACUGGGGUCGUGGUGUGGCAUGUCACGCGGACACAGCAAGCAGAAGAAACAGAAGAAACCCCGCCCUCGUCACGUGACGUGAACACUGUAGGAGAUGUCGAGUUACUCAUACAGAAGACAAUGCUGAUGAAAAUACGUCAUAAUGGCGCGCUCACUGGGGAGAUCUACAUGGGAUUUGACAGGAGUGACGUUCGCCAUGAUGAAUGCAACACUGGGUCGGACGUGUGUGUGUCGUGGGAAAGGGACCGGAAGUUGGAGAUAUACAAGACAGGGAACGAUAAGGUCACGUGUUACAAUGUCACCUGGGAGGCUGUCAACUGCGUGUCACAGGAACUGAAGGAUUGUGUUGACCUGUCACGUGGUCACUGGUAUGGAGGAUUUGAGGACUAUCACCAAUACUGGCCAAUGAAUGAGAUACAACAGGAAAUGGCGCCCUAUGUUGCCACCGAUUCCUACGCCAAGAAAUACGGUGGUGUGUUGGAGAGAUACUUCCUUUCAUCCACGGGGCUAGGCAUAUUCAUUGAUUCAAAUAUACCCCUUCAUCUUAGCUUCAAUGAGAAGAACAGCAACAGAAUGUGUAUGUCGGCGAAAUUUGAACGCUCACCUUACAUCAACAUCGACAACAAACCACCACGUCUCUCCUACACCGUGUGUCAAGCUGACAACAUCCGGGUAGUUCAUGACUACAUGUCUGAGAAGUACAUUGCCCGCCCUGAAGGCGUCCCCGACCGCCGCCUGUUCCGUUCCCCGAUCUGGUCGACAUGGGCGAUGUACAAGAAAGACAUCAACCAAACACAGGUCCUACAGCUGGCUAAAGACAUCGUCGACAACGGCUUCAGUCACUCCCAGCUUGAGAUCGACGACGACUGGACUACUUUCUAUGGUGACAUGGACUUCACAACGGACAAGUUCCCGGAUGCUCGAGGGAUGAUUUCACAACUCAAUCAAGAUGGCUUCAGGGUGACUAUUUGGCUUCAUCCCUUCUUUAAUAUCGAUUCCCGAGCUUUUUACGAAGCAGCUGAACUUGGUUAUCUGGUUCGAGCCCCAGAGCGCAAACUUCCGGCUCUAACAUCUUGGUGGCGGGGUCUACUGUCUGGUACCCUCGAUGUCACUAACCCUUACGCCGUGGACUGGUACGUCAAUAAGACCAACUUUCUAAAAGACACCUACAACAUCAGCUCCUUCAAGUUUGACGCCGGUGAAGUAGCAUGGCUCCCCUAUAUUUACAGUGUCAACAAAACGUACCUUAACCCGAAUGAGUACACCAGAAAAUGGGUUGACCUGGCCUACCGGACUGACCCGGAUGUGAGACACCAAGAGGUCAGGGUCGGGGCCGGAAGUCAGAAUGUUCCCAUAUUUGUGCGCAUGUUGGACAAAGACUCAGUGUGGGAUAGCAACAACGGUUUGAAGACACUUAUUCCCUGUGCACUGACGAUGGGGUUGAUUGGGUACCCGUUUAUUCUACCGGACAUGAUUGGCGGAAAUGCUUAUGACAACUCUUCCGGUUUAGAGGCACGUAACUACCCGGAUGAAGAAUUGUUUAUAAGAUGGAUGCAGCUCAAUACCUUCCUUCCAUCUCUUCAAUUCUCGGUUGUUCCUUGGGUUUACAACAACGACACUGUGGUUGAAAUCACGCGAUAUUUCGCCGAGCUACACGAGAAUUACACAUCAACAUUUGUACAACUUGCUGAAGAUUCGGUGAGAACCGGCGAACCAAUCAUCCGUCCGAUAUGGUGGAUAGCUCCUCAAGACGAGGCCGCUCUUACGAUUGAUUCCGAAUAUCUCCUUGGCAACGACUUGCUUGUAGCGCCAGUAUUGGAGAAAGGGGCCACGUCACGUGAUGUUUACCUCCCAGAAGGCACUUGGUUCGACGAGCUCCGGAAACAGCAGGUCGAGGGAGGUCAAUGGUACCGGAACUAUACGGCAGAGCUUCAUGAACUGCCAUACUUUACAAGAACAGCAACAUAAAUUAGAUUGUGUACAAGGUUCUGAGGAAUUAGAACUGCUGUGGAACGGCCGUAAAAGAAAUAUAGGUGGAAUACAAUGGACUUUUAAUUCGAUGUGCGAUAUACGUUGUUCAAAAUGAUUUCAUUGUAAUAACCUCAGGUUUUCAGGGUUUUACAAUAUUCCUGGUUUGUAUCUGCAGAUUAGCAAGAAAUGAUGUAGUUGUAUUAAUCAAUAAUGGUUCAGGAAUCUCUGAAUUGGCGUCAUGAUAUAUGGAAAUGGUGUAACCUAUCGGAAGCUACGGUUGAUCAAGGGAGAUAACUUGUGUGUGCAGAGUUGUUUGCCUUAGCUGAAUCCUUGAAAUGUCAUCCCACAGCUUUAAAGGGAGAUAACUGACAACCGCAGUAUUCAGUCGAAGCCGUUGUCUCCAACUCUGAUGUAUCGAAAUAACGGGGUUUAGUUUUUUUCACCAGCUCCGAUCUCAACUAGGUCAUGGUACUUCUGUCGGUAUUUUCUCCCGUCCCGAUGAUUUUGAGUCAGCCGGAUUAUAUUGUACUUCGUAAAUAUUGAUUUAUCUUUCAUCAAACAACUACGACUUGAGUCAGACUGACAAGCAAUCCCGGACGAGUGGGCCUGUCACUUCACAAACAACAGGGGCAGGGGUGUAGUUUAGUAACCAAAGCGUUCUGUUGCCGAUAAGGGUACAGGGGCGGUGGGGUAGCCUAGUAGUUAAAGCUUUCGCUCGUCACGUCGAAGACCCGGGUUCGAUUCCCAGCAUGGGUACACUAUGUGAAGCCCAUUUCUGGUGUCCCCCGCCGUGAUAUUGCUGGAAUAUUGCUAAAAGCGGCGUUAAACCAUACUCACUCACUCAACAUAAGGGUACAGUGUUAGGUGCCCAUUUCUUGUGACCCACGGAGUGAUAUAAAAUAAAAUCACACUCUGUGAGUAAGAAAUAUUGUCUGGCCGUGUGUGUGUCGGCCCGAUGUACAUAUGCUUGUCUAUGACCUCUGGCCACAAGUGAUUUUCUAUCUUCAAGCCAACGAGCGCUGUUAUCGUCAAACGAGGAUAAAAUAAUGCGUUAUUAUUAUUUUGAAUAUUUUCUUUUUCGUCAACGUACCAAUCCCGGGGGAAGUCCUGAUUUGUUAAGAAUGAUGUUAAAUAAAGUGGUCUCUGUAUAACCUUCAAAUGCCGUCACAGUGCCCUUCGUCCGUCUGUUUAUUUUCAGGCAUUGAAUACGUCGCUGCCGGCACUUUAAAUCGCCCAGUUAAAAAAGUGUGUUGGACUUACAUAGCCCUUCUGCAUCUCCAGUUGUCUCAACGUAAACAAAAGAUGUUAUAAAACGCAUAUAAUCACCCCUUCCUGAAUCAUUAUUUCGCAAUCCGUGUACUGUAUUUCAGCGAAUAUGUACUUUGAAUGAGGACCUAAAAAAUAUAAACCAGAAAUUGUUUCAUGGGGGCUGGCAUGCUCUUUUUCGUGUCCAUUUUCCGUUUUUAGAGAAUAAAAUACAUGAUGCUGUUCCAUGA